AAUUUUAUUGGAACCAAACAAACAAAUGCUGCAAUUUAAUUGAUAGAUUAAUUAAUUCAGUUUUUCGGUUUAUUAUUAUCAUUAAAUAUAAUAAUAAUAAUAAUUAGGGUUAGGGUUUGUUUAUUAUAAUGCUUUGUCCUGAAUUAAACACUCAGAUUCAAACAUGGCUUCGUGAUUACGAUAAGAUUCAAUCCUUUGCCGUUUUUCUCAUUUACAUUCAGAUUGGUUGUGCUUUGAUCGGAUCAUUGGGAGCGUUAUAUAAUGGAGUUUCGCUUAUAAAUGUUGUUAUUGGAUUAUUUGCAUUGGUUGCUAUCGAGAGUAGCAGCCAGAGUCUCGGCCGGACGUACGCAGCUCUUUUGUUUUCCGCGAUUUUGUUAGACAUUUUGUGGUUCUGCCUAUUUUCUCAUGAAAUAUGGUACAUUUCUUCUGAGAUUUAUGGAGAGUUUGCCAUCUUUUCUGUGAGAUUGACCCUGUUAAUGCAAAUUAUUGGGUUCACAGUAAGAUCCUCAUCCUCGUUAUUAUGGAUUCAGAUGUAUAGAUUGGGGCCAUCACUUGUAGAUAUUACAGUUCCUCGAGAUGGAGACUUGGAUUCAAGGAACAGUUUUAUGUGUCCUGCUACCCCUCCUGUAAUUAGACGUGCUGCUGGGUCUGUUGACCCCAUAUAUGAUCCAGGGUUCUACUCAUCUCUUUUUUCAGAUAACCAAGAUGAAGGAUCUUUACACUUGGGAGGUCAAUAUCAUAGCGUUAGCAUGGACGGGUCUCUGUCUGAUUCUCUGCUGAAGCCAGCUCUAGGCAAAUCUCUUCGGUCCAAACAUGAAAAAAGUGUAGUAAGCAGGCUCGGGAGCCUUUAAAGUAGACUAUUUGAUCAUAUAUACACCUAUUCGGCAUGACCAUCAUUCCCAGCAUAUUAUUUUUUACCUCAGGAGGUUCAUUCUUAUAUUCGAAUUUCCCUUGAUAAUUCUUGGUGACAAGUUUUGUACAGUCACAUCUUACAUUUUAUUAUACAGUAUUUGUUGGAAAGGCCACAAUGCCGAAACUGCUACGCAAUUCCUAGAUAGAUAUAAUCAACAUCUUUUUGACAGGUUUGCACUUCAUGUAAAGGUCGAAUUACUAUACAUUUAGUAAAUUAGUAUGCAUGUCCUGGAAAUUACAAGCCAUCUUCCUUA